UGACAAUUUAUGAAUGGUGUUGCUUCAAAGAUAAGACACUUAACUCUCAACAGGCACUAGCUCUCUCUCUCUUCUUCUUCUCCUUCUUCUUCUUCUUCUCAGCUACUCCUUAAUUUCUUGGCCUCCCAAGAAUUCCAACUAAAAUUUCAUUUUCUUCUUCUCCACCAAACUGCAUGCAUUUCUUGAUAUCUCAAGUCUCCUGUUAAUUGUUCCCAGAAUGGAGAGAAUCCAGAUGAUCAGUUUCUUUCUGGUAGUAUUUCUCAUAAUUCUACCGUCCACCAAUCCCUCACCCAUUCCAAAAUCAAGAAUAUUGUACCAGAUUGCAUGCACAAUGUGCUCUUCCUGUUGCAACCAAACGCCACCAUCUCCUCCUCCACCACCACCACCACCAUCCAUAUCUAACUGCCCACCCCCACCAUCUCCUCCGACUUCAUCUGGUUCGUACUACUACUCUCCACCACCACCCUCCACUUACACCUACUCCUCUCCUCCACCACCCUCCACUUACACCUACUCCUCUCCUCCACCACCACCACAGGGUGGUGGCGGAGGAGGCGGCAGCAACUAUUACUAUCCUCCACCAAACUAUAACAACUACGCUGCACCUCCUCCUCCUAACCCAAUUGUCCCUUACUUUCCUUUCUACUACUAUAACCCACCUCCUCCUUCCAUGUCCGGGGCUGUGAAGCUGAUGGGUUCUAUUAUUUACAGUGUUGCUGCCAUCUUUUUACUUUCUUUGUUUUGAUAGAAACUUUAAAGGAGGCAAGGAAUUAGAAAUAAUGUGUGAGAUUGGCAGAUCUGGUAAAUUUACAGGUGAGGAGAAAUGGAAACUUGAUCAUUUCAAGAAGAAAGAAGAAAAGAGCCCUGAGGAAGAGGAGCACACUGCAGAAAACAGAAACUUUGACCAACUGUGGAUGCAAUAAUUGUAAUCCUCUCUUUUUCCCUCUGUUGCUGUAGAGUGAUCUGUAAUUUGUUAACAAUUUGUACCUAUCUUUGUUCAUCUUUUGCUUCACAAUAAUUAUUAUAAAAAAAAAAAUCAGUAAUUAGUCA